AUGGAUUUUCAGGCAGUGAAGGCAGAACUAGUGAAUGACCUCAGUGAAUGGUGCCAAGGUGAGUCCCUUGACGAAGACCAAGUUCUUCUAGCAGUGGUUCCCCGAGGAUGUGAAAUCGAAGAAAUUGAAACAACCCUGCAAACUGUCAAAGCCUUAGGACGAGUACGAGUUCGUGGCAGAAGAGCCAAUUCAAAAUUGAACAAAUUAACAGUGGUGUGUGAAUUUAAGGAGAAGGUUGAUUCUAUGGCAGUUCCAUUAGAAGUCAUACACCCCAUUUCCCAAGAAGUUUGGCCCAUCAUCAGGGGGUCUGCCCUUCCAGCUCCAGGUGACCAGCCUCAGACCUCCACAAAUGGUCAGGGUGAUACACUGUUUACAAGUGGCUCUGCCGAGUCCAUCAUACGGGCUGUUGGGGAUGUGUUGUACAGAGCAGAGAAGUCUUCAGGUGAAGGCACUAGCUAUCGUCGUAUGCGGAUAUUCUCUGGCACACUACCAACUCCUGCUGGAGAAGAAACAUUGGAUCAUUGGCUGGAACAGGCGUGGCUGAUGGUUGAGGAGAGUGAGUGUUCUGGAAAAGAAAAACGUAGGCGGAUUAUGGAAAGCCUUCGUGGACCUGCUCUGGCAGUGGUAAAAGCAGUGCGGACCGCUGAGGCUGAUAUUACCCCUUCCAAAUGUUUAGAGGCAAUUGAAAGUGCCUUUGGUACCACUGAGUCAGGUGAAGACCUUUACUUUGAGUUUAGGCUAUUGCGGCAAGAGAAAGUGGAGAAACUGUCAUCAUUUUUGAGGCGCACAGAGCAGUCUUUGACCAAAGUUGUUAAUAAAGGGGGCAUACCUGUAAGUCGUAUGGACACUGCCCGAGUAGAGCAGCUACUUCGAGGAGCCAUAUACUCAGACCUUAUGCUAGUACAGUUAAAGCUAAGAGAGAGAAAGCACAAUCCACCAAAGUUUUUAGACCUGUUAGCAGAGAUCAGGGCUGAAGAAGAAUAUGCAGCCGCUAGAGUCAAGCUGAGCACAUCUGUCCACAGAGUUCAUGCCAACCCAGAUAUGGACAGUAGCCUGAUGGACAUUCAGAGUUUAAAAACAGAAAUUAAAGAGUUAAAGUCUAUGUUUGCGUCAAUGACCAAAAAUUUUCAAUAAGAGCCGAUGACAGAUGACAAGGGAAUUGGCCAAACAGUACCAGAGCUUGUUGUCGAGAAGGGAAAUGGAGCAGAGGUCGCCGCCCUGAAAAAAGAAGUUAAAAGACUAAAGAAUAAACUAUCAUCGAAUGGGGCAAAUACCUCAGAAACACAGGCUAGUACACUGCGAGUGGAGCCAACAAGACCCGUUUCAAAUAGCCAAAAGCUUUUUAGAAAAUCUGAAGACAGUUUCUGCUAUAGGUGCGGCGAAAACGGUCAUUUUGCCAACAAGUGUCAGAAUGCUGAAAAUCAGAAUAAAGUUAUACAAAAGCUCAUUCAGUCCCUCAAGAAAGCCAGAGUAGGGCAGUCACCUAUCCAAGAAAAGAACAACUCUGAUACCAACUGUUCAGUGAAGAAAAGUGAAGUGUCAGUGAUGGGAAGCCCAGACAUUCCCGAAGGGUUGAUAGGUCCACCUUCUAUAGCGUCUGUGAGUGUAAAUGGCCAUCAGUGUGAGGCUUUACUAGAUGGUGGCUCCCAAGUAACAAUUAUAUUUGAGACCUGGUAUAAGCAGCAUUUGUCAGAUGUCCCCAUUCACCCUGUGUCCGGUCUGGCCAUAUGGGGUUUAAGUGAGACUAGCUAUCCCUAUCUUGGCUAUGUCGUGGUGGAUGUAGAGUUCCCUGAAAGUAUUGCUGGAUCCAAAGAGUCCCUCUCAGUCCUGGCAUUGAUCUGUCCAGACUCCCGAACUCCCGACCAGAUUCCAGUUAUCCUGGGUACCAACACUAGUCUCUUCAAACGAUUGGCUACGCUAUGUAAAGAGAUUGGCGGCGUGGAUAUUGCUCAGACGUUGGGUAUCCGACUUGAGGAAACAAUACAGACCGCUUCAGUGACUUGUGAGGAAGAUGAAGAGGUAGGAUAUGUGAAGUGGAUGGGCCCGGGACCAUUGAAAUUACCGGCUGGUGGGGACUCCUCUGUUGUAUGUCAAGUGGAUUUAAGAAAGGUGUUGGACGGCGAGAUACUGAUGGUAGAUGCCUCCCAGACGGUCCCUCUUCCAGCUGGGGUGCUACUACAGCCAAUGGUUGUGCCAAGCUCAAAAGUGAAUGUAAACCACCUCACAGUGCUAGUACGCAAUGAGACAACACGGGAUACAGCCCUCCCAGUUGGAACAGUCAUUGGUAACUUGUGUGUGGUGGAUCUAGUACUACCAGUCCUUCCCCCCAAGACAGAGGAGAAACCCGGAGGGACUCAAGUAGGGUUUGACCCUAGCCUCAUCCAAUUUGGUGACUCGCCAAUACCUGAGCAGU